CCACCUCCUCCUCUCUCCCUCCCUUCCUCCUCCGCCUCCUCUUCAUGUUUGCUCCCUCUGUCCUUCACCUCCCCCUCUCUCCUCUCUCUCUCCGCUGCAUUCUGUCCCUCCCACUCCUCUGUGCUUUUCCUCGCUCUCUCCCUCCCUCCCUUCCUGCGUUGCUCCUCUCCUUCUCCCUCCCCCCUCUUUCACUUCUCUUUCUCUCCAACUCUUCCUCCUCCCCUUCCCGCUCCUCUCUCCUCCACGCCUUCGCCUCCUUCCUCUCUCCCUGCCCCCACCUCCUCCUGCUCUGUUCUCUCCUUCAUCACGUUGCACACACACAAACACACACUCCCCUCCUUCUCUCCUCUACUCCACCACCAUAAUUACACACUCCCUCUCCACUUCUCCUCUCUCUCUGCGCUGUCUGUCUCUCUCUCUCUUUCUCUCCUCCUUUCCUCCUCCAACAUGUCCUACCUCUCCUCUGCCUCCUUCUCUCCCCCGUUGACCCCGCCAACUCCACUUUUUCCUCUCGUCUCUACCUCUUGCGCUCCUCUCUUUCAUGUUUUUUUUUCUCCUUCCCGCUCUCUUGUCUGUCCUGCUACGCCCCCUUUCUCCCCACUCAUUCAUCAUGCUCACUCCUCCUCCCGCUGCUCCUAUUCCUCUCUCCCUUCCCCCCUUGCUCCUCGCUACUCCUGUUCCCCUCUGCUUCUCCAAUCCCCUCCUCCACCUCCUCCUCCUUCUCAUCUCCCACUUCUCCACCCUCUUCUCUCUUCCAACUCUCUCUCCUGGCCUUCCAAUCAUCUCCUCCCACUUCUCUCUCUCCCCCUCAUAUUUCAUUCUCUCUCUUUCCUGACUCCCUGUGCCCUCCCUCUCUCUUGCCCUCCUCCUCACGUCCUCCUUCCUCUCUCACCUACCUCCCACCAUUCGCUCAUCUUCCUCUCUUCUCCACAGGAGGCAAGUCAAAGAAGGGCCCAGCAGCAGUCUAUGGCAAAGGCUGGCCUGGAGUAUGCACAAACAGAGGGUUAUCAACCCGCUUCACUCCAGCUAAUCAAGGAGGCUUUGAAGAUGGACCCGCCCAACCAGAACCUCCACACUUGCUCAAGAGCCCAAAGCAAAGGAGACCUCUCGGAUCGACCUUCAAGCCUUCUUUCAGGAGAGAGAGAGGACGAGGACUGGGAGUCUGACUCGGCAGAGCCUUCGGAAGGGGGCAUGACUGUGGAUGAGCUGAGGGGUCUGGAGUCCGCACUGAAGGCGGAGAGAGGCCGCGAACAGGCCGCCAUGACGGCCUCCGAGCCCGUCAGCCCCGACUCCGAGGUCGAGCAAGGCAGCGAGAGCAGCCUGGCCCCAAAGUACAUUGGUCUCGAUGGAAUGGAGCAGGACGAAGAGCUGGAGCCGCCCACCCUGCAGAGAGAGGAGCAGGUCGGGCAAGGACAGGUGAAGGAUGUCGUGAAGACCGAAGUGGAGCCGAGUUCAGGCCGGUCGAAGAAGUCGCGAGGGGACAACUCGCCUGCGGUCAUGACCGCAGAGGAAACGGUGGAUCAGGAAGAGUCGGAGCACCAGCCCCACCUGUGUGCCCCGGGGAGUGUCGGGGACAGCGGCGGGGAAGAGGAAGGUGGAGGGGACCUGCUCCACUUCUGCCCACAGUGCGGCGGAGGCUUCACCACCCAGGCUGAGCUGGAGCAGCACCCGUGUCCACUGGGAGCCUCCCAUUUGGACAACAGCGAAGAGGACAUUCUUUUCCCGUGUGCCCACUGCGGCAACACGUUCAGCCACGCCUGGGCUCUGAAGAACCACGAGUGCGCCUGUGCCGCCGAGAGGCCGCACUGCUGCGAGAUCUGCGGGAAGCGCUUCACCCACUCGCGCUCACUGGAGCGGCACAACGUGGUGCACACGGGCGAGAGGCCGCACCGCUGCCCGCAAUGCGGACGCACCUUCAGUCGCCUCGGCAAUUUGGAGCGACACCAGCGGAUCCACACGGGCGAACGGCCGUACGGCUGCGAAGCGUGCGGCAAGCGGUUCAGCCGCGUGGAGUACUUGAAGAGACACCAGCUCCUGCACAAUAGCGAGAAGGCAUCACUCCAGUGCUCCAACUGUGGAAGCGGCUUCAGUGAUGUGGAGCAACUGAAAAACCACCAGUGUUUCUGAGAGCCUCUCCUUAAAAUGUCUGAUGGAACUGGAAAGAAAAAGCGGGUCUUUUAAUUGAAUGUGGGAGAAUUCAGGGGAUUAAUGCCAAUCGAUGGUCGAUGCUAAUUUUAUUCUCAGUGAUCUGGAGUUGCCUUUCAUACACACUCUGACAGGAAGUCAAAUUAACUUUAACAUAAAGAAGCAUAUAUAUAUAUGUGUGGACGAUUUUUGUUAAGUAAAUAAAGAAAGCAAAUGUCCAAAGUUGACAGGAAGUCCGUUGUACCUGGUGUUUCUCUAUCUUUAAUUAUUCAGCCAUAUAAAUCUGAGGUGGUGUCAUUUGUAUGUACAAAGCUUGGACUUAUUUAUUAUGAUCGAGUUGUAAACCUUUGUCUUUUUUAUCAAUAAGUUACUCGUGUUGCAACCGAUGCCCUUGUUUUUUUGCCAGACAAUAUAAUUGACAGCUUGGUAUUUUGUAUGUUUGUGUUUUGGCCAUAUCGUAAAGAAAUAAAUAUUUCAUUUUA